AUGUCUUCUCCAGGGGCUGGCAGCUUCAGCACCCUAUCGAGCUACGCCUCCUCCGCACCCGAUCAUCAAGGGCAACACGCCAUCGGCCUUCCACUUCCCGCUACGGCUCAACCUACCACAACCAGAACUACUACUACACUGCCGCCAGUGUCUCCAUCAUCUGCCAACGCAACCAACUUCCUCACCAACAACUCAACCCCCUCCAACAAUAUCAACAGCAACAACAACAACCCCAACCUCCUCGGUCCACGCACAGCUACGAUCAACUUCAACCUUCUCCCCGAGCUCGAAACCGGGCUCGACAUCAACAGGCUCAACUACCUCUGCCAAGAGCAACAGUCCAUAACCACCACCUCUAGCGAAAAACCAGAAGAGGAAGAGGAGCCGGAACUUGGUUGGAAGGAUGCAUACGAAGUCAUGAUCAAAGUUCCCCUUCAGGGUCUUGCGGCGUGGGCGAGAAGGUGGAGAAGGGCUAGAACUGAGAGGGGGCAGGGGAUGGUGUAA